AUGGACGCCAGGUUUGGCUCCGUGGAGGAGUGCGUCGGCCAGGUUGGAGUCCUCGCCAGGGACCAGCACGGCUGCAGGUUCCUCCAGCGCAAGUUCGACGAGGAGGGCGAGGAGGCGGUCAACCUCUGCUUCGAGGAGAUCAUCGCGGAGGUUGUUGACCUGAUGAUGGACCCGUUCGGCAACUACCUGGUGCAGAAGCUGCUCGAGUGCUGCACCGACGAGCAGCGCAUGGGGGUUCUCCGAGCGGUGGCCAAGGAUGGCGACGGCGUGCCCGAGCUGGUAUCCGUGGCUCUCAACACCCACGGCACCCGCGCGGUGCAGAAGCUCGUCGAGACCCUUCGCACCCCGGAACAGGUGGCGCUCGCCACCGAGGCGCUCAAGCCCGGCGUCGUCACCCUCAUCAAGGACCUCAACGGGAACCACGUCAUUCAGCGGUGCCUCCAGCGCCUGGGCGCCGAAGAUAACCAAUUCGUCUACGACGCCGCGCGAAAGUGCUGCGUGGAGAUUGCCACCCACAGGCACGGAUGCUGCGUCCUGCAGAGGUGCAUCGACCACGCCGCCGAUGGCCAGCGACGCGCGCUCGUGCAGGAGAUCGCCGCUCAGGCGCUCGUGCUGUCGCAGGAUCCCUUUGGCAACUACGUGGUUCAGUACAUCCUGGACCUGUCCCUGCCGUGGGCCAACGCCGAGGUCAUGAUGCGACUCGCGGGUAACUACGCCGAGCUCUCGAUGCAGAAGUUCUCGUCCAACGUCGUGGAGAAGUGCCUUAAGCUCGCGGACGCCUCGCUCGAGGAGCACCGCAACGUCGUGGUCCGCGAGAUUAUGACGUCGCCGCUGCUCGACCGGCUUUUGAUGGACCCGUACGGUAACUACGUGGUGCAGUCCACGCUGAGCGUCACGAAGGGUGCGCUGCACUCCGAGCUGGUGGACAGGAUCAGGCCGCACCUGCCGCUGAUCAAGAACAGCCCCUUCGGAAAGCGCAUCCUCCGGCUGCUCCUCGAGAACAAGAAGUGA